CAACUGCCACUGUAGAGUUUCUUGCGUCUGCCCUGUCCUCAACCCACGUUCCAAAAUCUCUCUCUCUUCUUGCCGCCGUCCAGCUGCCUUAUGAUCCACCAUCCAUUGUAACAGGCACGUCCAGGGCACGAUUCGGCCAGUCUUCUCGGUCCGGCUCACCAGCGUUUCCUUCCGCACGCUACCCACACUCGCGUGCAUCUUCACCACCCUUCCGUCAAUUCUCUCAUCUGCUUUGUCCCCCGCCCUUGCCACGCGACAGCUGAACAGCAACAUCCACACACUCAGAUCUCUUCUCAGGACUCAGCACGAAUGAUCAGAACUACGUGCUUCUGAUCAUUGUUGAGCCCCCACCACCAUCUUUGCCACCUAGCCUUCCAUGCGUCGAGAGGACCUCGUCAGGAUCUUGAACAAGCCUGCGAAGCCCAGAUAACACCUCCUCCAAGCAAAAGUCGAAACCGGAAUCUACGACCACACGUAGCAGAUCUCCUCGUCUGCUGGACCCGAUAUCUCACCAAGGGUAUCGGACCCUACAGCUCGAGGACUACAGGCAUAGUCAACAUUCCGUCCGACGAAGCAGUCUUCCUCCCCCUUUCCGCCCGACCUCCCUAACGUCCCUUCAGAGAGACGUCAAUCUAUCUCCGCUGACUGCUGCUGGCUCAAGCCAGCCUCCAUAUUCUCCCACAGAUCGUGGGCCUUCUCUCCUCAAGCGGGCACCGCAUUGUUCGCUUGGGUGGUAGAUUGUGCUCACCACAGCAUCGUCACACGUUUAAGAUAGCACAAAUCCUCGAUCUCCAAGACAACCGCGCUUGAUCUCCUGUAUUACAUCAAAGUUCGCCUUUCAUCAUAUAGGAGAUGGUGAACAUUGAGAUUCCAAAGCACUAUACCGCCUCGCCGUCCUCGUACACUGGGACGCCGCACCUGACAAUCAAUCGCGAGGCUACAAUCGACCUUGACUCCACCACCGCUUUCGAAGGGCCCGAAAAGCUUCUUGAAGUGUGGUUCGCCCCUGACUGUUCAUCUCUGCCAGGGUCGUGCCCUAGGGAUGGUCUCAAGGCGGUCUCCGCGGAGACCUGGAAGGGCAUGCUUGACUUGGUCAACUGCAAAGUCCUGUCCGUCCUUGAGUCGGAAACCGUGGACGCCUACCUGCUUUCGGAAUCGAGCAUGUUCGUGUGGCCGCACAAACUGGUUCUAAAGACGUGCGGGACAACCACUCUGCUCUGUGGUCUACCACGUAUGCUCGAGAUUGCGGCCACUGAAGCUGGCUUUCCUCAUGUCUCGGCAAAUCCGGCUCACGGCAUCCCAAUUGCAGCCACGCCGUAUCGCAUCUUCUACAGUCGCAAGAACUUUCUCAACCCGGAUCAGCAGCGUGGACCACAUCGCAGCUGGCGAGAUGAGGUGCGCUUUCUCGACAAGCUCUUCGUGGGAGGAAGUGCCUACAUGAUUGGAAAAAUGAAUGGCGAUCAUUGGUAUCUAUAUAUCACGGAGCCUAACACUCAGCUUACUCCACCGACAACACCGGAUCGUGAAGCGACGGAGACAAAGCAGCUCAGCUUUCCCGACAGCGCCAAAGGCAUCGGCUGUGGAGAAGAGGAUGAAACGCUGGAGAUCUUAAUGACCGACCUCGACGAGGAGAACGCUAGGCAGUUCUACCUUGAAGACGCGAGUGCGGUCGCGGAAGGUCGUCAUUUUCAAAAGGCACGCAAAAAUGCUGUGAAAAAUCUGGGGACGAUUGCGGAAGAGAAGUGCAAUUCCACUCACGUUGACGGAGGUUUCGACGUCUUCGAGCAGACGUCAUCUGAACAUAGCCAAUACUCUUCUGACGACGAUGAUCUGCCUCUUCCAGAAGAGCUCACAACGGAGGGACAUGCACUGGGCACAGUGGUGUCUGAGAACUGUGGGUUGUCGGAUGUGUACUCGCCCAGCAAGUAUCCCGACGCGAAGAUUGAUGCGUAUCUCUUCACGCCAUGCGGUUUUUCGGCUAACGGCGUUAUUCCUGCUCCUAUGGACGAGAAUAACGUUAAGACCAAGAAUACAUCACACCACUACUUCACAGUUCACGUCACGCCUGAACCGCAGUGCUCUUACGCCUCCUUUGAGACAAACGUUCCCGCACAUCAGAGCGGUCGAGAGACUGCUGACAUCGUCGAGCAAGUUGUCAAGAUCUUCAAACCUGGACGAUUUAGCGUCACGCUUUUCGAGACGAAGAAGGACGACGCUCUUGGCGUGAAUGGGACCACAAUGGCCAAGAAGAGUGGCCGUAUGGAUGCAAUUGCUGGGUACAAGCGUGUUGACCGCAUUGUUCACGACCUGGACGGUUAUGACUUGGUGUUCAGAUACUUUGAAAGGUUUGACUUCAAAGGAGGGGCACCAAGACUUGGAGAGAUUGGGCUUUAAGCGCUCGGCAGACUCAUGGCUUAGUCUUUUUUAAAUCAGCGUUAGGGAGAGGGACACGUUCGAGUUGAAUCUAGCGGAGGAUAGGAGCGCGCUUCUGAUGGCAGUGGUAAGAGAUGUUGAGACAAAUUGAUCAUUUCGGAAUAUUCUCGAGGCUCGACAAAGUUUGGCAGCGCUCAGGGUACACUCAGUGUUAGCCGAGCUGUUGUUUUCGUAAGGCUCUGAAGGAAGAUUGCGCAGGGAGUGGGGUGUUCCACAUCACAAGACACAUUCAUUCGUGGGGCCAUUUUUUGGGGGAAUUAUUUUCUCUUCAAUUUUUUUUUAGCGUUCAAUAAUGCAACAUUCCAGCCAUGAUGGGUCUUCAAAACA